AUGAGCUCGGAAGAUUCUCCAACACCGCGACCUGCUGUCUCCACUGCUGGCACAGCCACCAACAACACAAGCCACCAACACAAGCCAAAAAAGGAUUCGGCACCAUUGGAUACGCUGGGAGUCAGUGUCCAUCACCUCCAACAUGUACUUUUGGCACAAGAAAUUUUGACGUCAACAGAUGCAUCUACGGGAAAUUUUCUUUCCAGAGACUCCAAAAUCUAUGAAAUUGAGAAUCUGAAAGGUCCUCCGGGGAUCAUCCGAACAAGAGGUACCAACACUGUCUGUCCAAUCGAUGGAAGAUUGGGAUCCGCCUAUGUCCACUGUCUACAAGGAGACGACCAUGUGGGAGAGGCAACUCAUAUGUUAAGCUAUUCUUGGAAUUAUUCGAUUGGGGAUAUUGUGGAUACUCUUUCCGAUUUCUGUCACCAGCACAAGCUCAAUCCAAAGAGAACGUAUAUCUGGAUCUGUUGCCUUUGCGUCAAUCAACACAGGGUCGUAGAACACUCGGCUCAGCAGGAACAAUCAGGAAUGAUUGUAAACCCUGCCAAUAACAAGGUGGACUUCUUUGCCAUUUUUGGAGAACGUGUCAAAAAGAUUGGUCAUUUGCUGGCCAUGAUGGCUCCAUGGAAUGCACCCAUCUACAUCACUCGAGUUUGGUGUAUUUUUGAAGUCUUUACAGCUCACACCACAAAUGCCUGCAAGGUGGAUAUUGUCAUGCCGCCCAAGGAGAAGCAAUCUCUAGAGCAGGAUGUUGUUGAUAAUGGAGGAGGCAUUGAUGCACUUUAUGAGACUCUUUGCAACACCAAAGUUGAAAAGGCCAAGGCAUCUGUGGAAAGUGACAGGCUGGCAAUUCUUGGUCAAGUAGAAUCGGAUGUUGGAUACUCUGUGCUCAACAAUCGAGUCAAUGACUUGUUACGUGGAUGGAUGCAUGGUGUCUUGACUCAACUGGUGAGUGCCCGAGAAAACACCAACGAUAAAGACUAUGUUGUGUUCUGCAAUCGAAUUGGGGACAUUUUUCAACACAAUGGAGAACACAGUGCAUCCAUGAAACUCCACCAAACUGCUCUGGCAAUUUGUGAGACUGUGUUAGGUGAGAACCAUGAGAAAACAGGAAAAACUCGAAGCCUCAUUGGAGAUGUUUUCCUUGAGAGGGGUGACUAUGAAGGCGCCUUAUUCAAGUACAAGGAAGCCCUUGCCAUUGGAUUGUCAGUGUUUGGUGAAAGUCAUCCUGAGGUUGCAUUGACCCAUAACCGCAUAGGGCAUGUACUGAGUGAUCUGGGUGACAAGGAAGGUGCUUUGACCAAGUACAAGGAAACUCUUGCCAUUCAAAAGUCAGUACUGGACGAGGAUCAUCCUGCUGUAGCAACAACCUACAACAACAUUGGGCUUAUCCUCAAAGAACAGGGUGAUUAUGAAGGUGCUCUGUCAAAAUACGAGGAGGCUCUCGCCAUUACUGUGUCAGCAUUGGGUAAAGAUCAUCCUGAAGUGGCAGCCACCUACAACAACAUUGGCCUUGCCAUCCAGAAAAUGGGCGACUAUGAACGUGCUCUGUCAAAGCACGAGGAAGCUCUUGCCAUCCAAUUGUCAGCAUUGGGAAGAUCAUCCCGAUUGGUUACCCUACAACAACAUUGUCGUCUUGAGAGAUGCAACAAGAAGGUGCUCUGUCAAAAUAUGACGAAGCUCUUGCCAUUAGAUUGUCAGCUUGGGCAAGAAUACAUCCUGAUGUGGCAACCACUCAAAAUAUUGGGCUUGUACUGA